AUGAGCAUACCAAAGCGACCAGCACCCUCAGAGUUCGACGGAAGUCCCGCGCCGCUGAAGAAAAGGGCCAACUGGACAGACAUUCUCACAAUCAUCGUGGGAAGACGCUACGAACAAGAGACCCAACUCGCGGGUUCUAGCGAGAAGAUCAUUACCCUUCGCGAUGGCGAUGUCGUUUGCUUCCAGCAGUACGUGGAAUGUCUGUAUAACGACGCCGUUGAUUUCGAAGCGCUUGUUGGCUGCGAGAUGGUCACGAUCAAUAAUGUGCGGAAGGCGAAGACACCUGAUCAAGGCAAGGCCGCAGUCCUCAGCAUGUGCAAGUUAUGGGACGAGGCCUACCACCUCCGAGACGUAAAGCUCAAGAACGAUGUAAUGGAUGGUUUGAUCCGGAUGGUCUCGGAACAGGGCUUCGCUAUUGGACUUGAAACGGUCAAGUUUGUGGGCAAGUACGUUAAGCCUGGUUCAGCACUUCGACGCUGGCUGGUGGAUGCCCUGGCUCCUACGCUCUAUCCCAAGCCUUUGAAGGAUUUUGGGACUGAAUACCCUCAGACCAUAGUGAUGGAUCUUUUGAUCAAGUGCUCCGAGAUCAUUGGGACUCUGGGAGGGCGCAAGAAGGGUACUCCCCAGCUCUCGGAUUGUAUCGCCUAUCACGAAAACGACGAUGUCGAGAUUGUGAGGGAGGCAAAGGUUGUGGUGGAUUAA